AUAUGCGGGAGGCAGUGUGCAGGUAAAAAAAGUACCUAACGCUAAAACCAAAAAUAAACAAAAGGCGAGGGCCGCUAAGACAAAGCAUUGAAGCUUAAAAGCCUACUGAAACCCACUACUAUCUACCACGCAGUCUGAUAGUUUAUACAUCAAUGAUGAAAUAUUAACAUUACAACACAUGCCAAUACGUCUUUUUUAGUUUAUUAAAUUUCAAUUUUGAAUUUCCCGGGAGUUUCGUCUCAAAAACGUCACAUAAUGAUGACGUGUACGCAAGACGUCACAAAAGUCGUCUGCUUUAACGGCAUAGUUACACAGUAUUUUGGAUAUCUGUGUUUCUGAAUCUUUUGCAAUUUGUUCAAUUAAUAAUGGAGAAGUAACAGUAGAAAUAUAUAGUUGGGAAUCUUUAGCCUUUAGCCACACAAACACACAGUGAUUCCAUGUUUAAAAUUCCCGGAGCUGAAGCUUUCCUAUGGAUCAGAGCGCAGUCAAGCAAACAUGGAUCCCUACCGAAUGUCAACCAGCAGGUUUCGCUGCCGUCGACUCCCCUGAGACACUGCGCGUCAAGACACCACCCGUGUAGACACCCUUCCGACUAUCAGUGGAGGUAAGGACAGCUGCUACAACAUGAUGCAGUGUGUUGCUGCUGGUCAUCACAUUACAGCUCUGGCCAACCUGCGUCCUGCUGACACAGAUGAGUUGGACAGCUACAUGUACCAAACUGUAGGUCACCAGGCCAUAGAGCUGUACGCCGAGGCCAUGGACGUACCUCUAUACCGACGCACCAUCCAGGGCUUCAGCUUGGACACCGGCAGAGACUACCGUGAGACAGCAGGGGACGAGGUGGAAGACCUUUAUCAGCUGCUGAGCCUUGUCAAGGAAAAAGAAGGUGUUGAGGCUGUGUCUGCAGGAGCUAUUCUUUCUGAUUACCAGCGGGUCCGUGUUGAAAAUGUGUGUCUGCGUCUUGGUUUGCAGCCUCUAGCCUACCUAUGGCGCCGAGACCAGGAGUCGCUGCUCGCUGAGAUGAUAUCAUCUGACCUCCACGCCAUCCUGAUCAAAGUUGCCGCCUUUGGCCUGGAUCCCGAGAAGCAUCUGGGAAAGUCUCUGGCUGACAUGGAGCCUUACCUGAAACAGCUCUCGCAGAAGUACGGCGUCCAUAUUUGUGGCGAAGGAGGGGAAUAUGAAACAUUGACCCUGGAUUGUCCCCUCUUCAAAAAGAGGCUCGUCAUUGAUGCGGCAGAGACAGUGAUACACUCGGCGGACGCCUUCGCUCCGGUUGGCUACCUUCGUUUCACUGCCAUGCACACCGAGAGCAAACCCAGUGAUGUGGCGGCGAGAGCGUUGGCUGGUUGUCCUUGCCAAAGCGCCAUUGACGAUAUUACGGAGGAGGUGGAAUAUGCUGAUGAAGCCGGAGACCACCACCACCAACAACGCCACGGCCGAGUAUUUACAUCAGACGCUGACCUUAGUUGUCAGCAGGGCCACGUGCUUCCUGGAGAUGUGCUUCCAUCAUGCUCGUUCAGGAGUUCCAGAGGUUAUCAGUGGAUCUCUGGCAUCAACGGGCUACAAAGUCAAGACUGCGGGAUAACGAGCCAGACUGCGGCAGCUUUCAUACUCUUGCAAAGUGAGUUGGACAGCAGAAACUGGGGCCUGAAGGACAUUGUCCUCGUUCACCUGUAUGUGAGCAACAUGGUGGACUUUGGUCCACUCAACGAGGUGUACAAGAAACACUUUACCACAAACCCUCCUGCCCGGGUGUGUGUCCAAGCCCCGCUACCUGCUGGCCAGCUGCUGCAGAUGGACUGUCUCCUCCAUGACUGGAGCAAGCCCCCGGCGGAAGACAGCUUUCAUCAGAGAGAGGCGUUGCACGUACAGAGUCUUUCUCACUGGGCACCCGCCAACAUCGGGCCCUACAGUCAAGCCCUCAGGGUGGAUGGUGACGUGUUCUGUGCGGGCCAGAUCGCACUGAUCCCCUGCACCAUGCAGCUGGUGAAGGCCGGCGCCAGCAAACAGGCUCUGUUGUGUUUCAGCCACGUCCAAAAGGUUCUGAGGGCCGUCGUCAGCGGUUUGACUCUGGGCCACGUGGUCCAGGCCCACUGCUACGCAACAAGACGCCAGGACAUCCCCGUCAUCCGGGCCGCAUGGGAGAGCAUGCUGGAGACUGCAGAAGAGGAUCUGAUUAUAGGGCCUGACAGUAAACCUGCUCCAUCACUGGUGCUGGUUGUAGUACCCGCUUUACCCAAAAGUGCCGCCGUCGAGCUCCACGUCACAGCCAUCCACGAUGACCCCAGCCUCAGGACUUCCUGUCACAUGACCACAAAGCUGGGUUUCGGCCACAUAGAGUGUCACACGUUGACGUCUGCUGACCGAUGCGGCGCAUCCCUGUCCCUCCGCCUGUCCGUGCUCGACCCCGAGAUCAGUGCAGACGCCAGGGAGGUCACUGAAGCCAUCGCCUUGGCUUUUGCCACAGCCCUGAAGAAGACCGAGGCCGUGCUGGUGCCACUUUGCGCACGGGUGUUCUACAAGUGCGACCACUUGCUGGGCUGGCGGGUUGUUGAAGGCCUUGAAGACACCUUGAAAAAGUCUCUAGGAGAGUCCAGUCCCGCUGUUGCCUUGGUUCCAGUUGUGGACUUGCCUGACUGCCUCAUCCUCCAUCUGUCCUGUUGGCUCAGCGCAUGAGAAGCACAGCCAGGAUCCACCGUUCUGACUCUCGAACAACAUGAGGAUCCAAACCACGACGUGAUCCUGGUAUUUGGGCCUAGAAUCCAUCGUUUUACCCAAUGGUGCUUUGGAUAUAAUUCAGUCUUGAGGACCUCUUAGGAAAAGAACGUCUUACAAAGUGUCUAGAGCAUCCAUCCAUAUCUACCGCUUAUUCCCUUUCGGGGUCGCGGGGGGCGCUGGCGUCUAUCUCAGCUACAAUCGGGCGGAAGGCGGGGUACACCCUGGACAAGUCGCUACCUCAUCGCAGGGCCAACACAGAUAGACAGACAACAUUCACAUUCACACACUAGGGCCAAUUUAGUGUUGCCAAUCAACCUAUCCCCAGGUGCAUGUCUUUGGAAGUGGGAGGAAGCCGGAGUACCCGGAGGGAACCCACGCAGUCACGGGGAGAACAUGCAAACUCCGCACAGAAAGAUCCCGAGCCUGGAUUUGAACCCAGGACUGCAGGACCUUCGUAUUGUGAGGCAGACGCACUAACCCCUCUGCCACCGUGAAGCCCUGCUUCUAGAGCAGUGGUUCUUAACCUUGUUGGAGGUACCGAACCCCACCAGUUUUAUAUGCACAUUCACCAAACCCUUCUUUAGUGAAAACGUUUUUUUUGUUUUUCAAAUUCAAGACAAAGUUAUAUGUCUUUUACUGGUGCACAAAAAGAACCGUGCAUGAACCACAAAAAAAUUACACACCUGCAAAUCAGAUGGAAAACUAGAGGUAACAUUGUUUGCAAUUCGGACCGAGAAAGCGACGAUUUCCCCAUUAAUUUGAGCGAGGAUGAAAGAUUUGUGGAUGAGGAAAGUUAGAGUGAAGCACUAAAAAAAAAAAAAAAAGAAAAGAAAGAAAAGGCGACGGCUCCAGGCGGCUGGAGUGGGAGCGAUUCAGAUGUUAUUAGACACAUUUACUAGGAUAAUUCCGGAAAGUCCCUUAUCUGCUUAUUGUGUUAAUAUGGUUUAAGUGAGAUUAUAAAGUCAUACCUGAAAGUCGGAGGGCUGUGGUGAUCGCCAGUGUCUCUGAGAGAAGCCAAUGGAGGAGCCAAGAUCACAGCUGUCUUUUUGACAGCUGCAGGAGGAGGUCGCAUAAUCCGCUGAAGUCUCCGGUAAGAGCCGACUUAAUAUCACAAUUGGUUGACAUUUGGUAGAAAAAAAUGUUCGCUUGACCGCUCUGUGUUAAAAGUUCACAACAAACAAAGAAAUACUGGCUGUGUUUCAGUUGCUAAAGGCAGCUGCAAUCCACCGCUUUCCAGCAACAGCAUUCUUCUUUAUAGUCUCCAUUAUUAAUUGAACAAAUUGCAAAAGAUUCAGCAACCCAGAUGUCCAAAAUACUGUGUAAUCAAGCGAUGAAAAUAGACGACUUUUAGUCGUGAGUGGUGCUGGGCUGAAAUGUCCGCUCCAACCAAUAACGUCACAAGCACACGUCAACAUAAGCGUCAUGAGUCUGUGACGUUUUCAACAGGAUACCUCGCGGGAAAUUUAAAAUUGCAAUUUAGUAAACUAAACCGGCCGUAUUGGCAUGUGUUGCAAUGUUAAUAUUGUGAGACUUGUGUGGCAUAUUGUUGCCGGGUUCGGUCCUUCGAGGAUGCGUCGGCAAGAACACAGCAAAAGGUAAGAACUAAGGGAUUUAUUAAACUCAAAAAAGGCUAGAACAAAAACACUGGUGUAAAUAGAAAAGGCAAAUAAAAGCGCUAGCAUGAAAGCUAGGAUAUACAAAUAAAAAACUAAAAAUGGCACGUAGGCACACAAAAGGGAAAAACAAAACAACUAGCAUGAAAGCUAGGAAUAAAAUAAAGCUUAGCGUGAGAGCUAGCGAGAUAGAGAAUGAGAGACAAGUCAUCAGCAGUUGCAUGAGAACAAACUAAGAUCCGACAAUGAGUGAACAGAAUAGGCUGGCUUAUAAAGGGUGGUGAUUAGUAAAGACAGGUGUGCAGGAACCGAGAGUAGCAGCUGAAACUAAUAAGAAACCAUGGAAACAGACUAAACAGGAACUGAGCGGGAGAGUGAUACAAAAACAAAGCAGCAAACAACAAUAUGUAGAUAUCCGAGCAGCGGAUCGCAACAAAUAUUUCAUCAUUGAUAUACAAACUAUCAGACUGCGUGGUCGGUACUAGUGGGUUUCAGUAGGCCUUUAAGAGACCACUGGUCUAGAGAGAAACAACAACCCUGUAAUAGUCUUUUUACGAGCACAGGGUUAGAUACUCCACAGGCAUAAAACCGACAAGUCCAUUUGAACUCUUCGUCAAUGUCCAAAGUGGAGUUCCUAGCACUUGAUGUUUCAUGGCCUUGUUCAGGAAGUCAGUCCCCAACUUCCUUUGUCCUUGGUGAAUUUCUUCUGCUCCUUUGCGUCAUAGUUCCUUUCAGUCCCGCAUCCUUCCAAUCCUUAAGCCGAGUCCUCAGAGACCAAUGUUUCCUUCCUCCUGCCCAGCAUCUUCUUUGCUUGGUACUAGAUAGAUUUCUAUGAACCAGGGUUUCUACCAACAACUUCCCGAGCUGAUACAAUCUCUCACCGAGUAUGCAAUCGCUGUCUGUUAUGUCGACCAUUGGAUGUCAGAUGUAUAAAAGUCACAACAAUUCGCCUGCUAACACCAUUUGAUUGCUGCAGUUUUGUACAUUCCAAAGUCUCAUAUUGGAUAAUUGGGUCGUAGAGAUCAGGAACGUGUGGAUUCGUAGUUUCCCCAUCUGCCACAGUUAUAUUAACUCUGUUCAGAACACAGCUAUUUUUUUUCCAUAUUAUUGAAUUGGACAUGCGGUCCACUUUCUCGCUGGCCUCAAUCUCCUCCUGGAUAAAAUGUGUCUUUUUAUCAAAGACACUGAGGUGUCAAUACAGUAGUUGUUGCUUAUUAUUAGUUAAUUGGUGUGUUAUCUGAUCCCUUCAAUAUGUUGUGUUUUUUGCUAAGGCCCCGUCUUCCUUAAACAAAUAAUUAUUUAGCCUAAGCCACACUAAACUAUCGUUUAAGGUCCCCCUCCUUGGAUACAUUUUUUACAUGGGUAAGUGUGGCCUGUAUCUCUUGAAUCUUUGGCUCUUAGCUUUGUAUAUACUCAUUGAUCGUUUACAAACUGAGUUCAAAGAGGAAGUGACGCCAGAAAGGCCGCGCCCCACACAGGAAGUGACGUCAGGAAGAACGCGCCACAUCCAGCUUCAAAAUAAAGCGGUUUGGUAACUCGGAGUUAAUCAGUGGAACUAUGGAGGCGAGUCAACCAGACAUGCCCGUGUUUCUCCUUCCGUCUGUAUAGAACAGGGGUCGGGAACCUUUUUGGCUGAGAGAGCCAUGAAAGCCAAAUAUUUCAAACUGUAUUUCCGUGAGAGCCAUAUAAUAUUUUUUAACACCGAAUACAACGAAACGCGUGCAUUUUUAAGUAAGACCAACAUUUUAAGAGUAUAAUAAGUAUCUUAUUAUUUUUAAUAACAUUGUUAUUCUAAAAGUUAACCAAUAAUAAAUAUAAUACUUCUUACCAUUAAUGCGACAUCUUGAACAUGGAUGGUUGGAUUAAAAUGCAUGAGAAUGUUUUAUAAUUUCAAUGUUAUUUUAAACACUGUGAUUACCAGCAGAAAUAUUAAUUACUUAUCAUGUUAAGCAAUGUCAGCUAAGAUUUAUCUGAGAGCCAGAUGCAGUCAUCAAAAGAGCCGCAUCUGGCUCUAGAGCCAUAGGUUCCCUACCCCUGGUACAGAAGCUUGUGGUAAUCUCACAUGAAUACCUUAAAGGGGAACAUUAUCACAAUUUCAAAAGGGUUAAAAACAAUAAAAAUCAGUUUCCAGUGGCUUGUUGUAUUUUUUGAAGUUUUUUUCAAAAUUUUACCGGUCCCGGAAUAUCCCUAAAAAAAGCUUUAAAGUGCCUUUUUUUUCGCUCUCUGCGAAGACACUGUUCAUUUUCCUGUGACGUCAUACAGUGCUUCCAAUACAAACAAACAAUGGCGAAUACCACAGCAAGAUAUAGCGACAUUAGCUCGGAUUCAGACUUGGAUUUCAGCGGCUUAAGCGAUUCAAGAUGUUUGGAGUAUGAAAGUAUUGAAGAAGAAACUGAAGCUAUUGAGCGAAUAGCUAUUGACGCCAUUCAUAGCCGUAGCAUGGCCGAAUAGCUGCGUUAGCAUCGCCGGUAAAAUGUGCGGACCAAACGAUCUUUACUUUCGCGUCUCGUGACACCGGAGCAACUUAAAUCUUUCGAUUGGUAAGUGUUUUUUUCGCAUUAAAUGUGGGUGGAGGGAAACGUAAUAUAGUUGCAAAUGCAUCUGCAGGUUAUCCAUACAUCUCUGUACCAUGUCUGCUUUAGCACCGCCGGUAAAUAGCAUGUUAGCAUCGAUUAGUGUAGCAUGUUAGCACCGAUUAGCUGGCAGUCAACAUCAACAAAACUCACCUUUGUGAUUUCGUUGACGUUAUCGUUGCAAAUGCAUCUGCAGGUUAUCCAUACAUCUCUGUGCCAUGUCUGCUUUAGCACCGCCGGUAAAUAGCAUGUUAGCAUCGAUUAGCUGGCAGUCACGCCGCAACCAAAUUUGUCUGAUUAGCACAUAAGUCAACAACAUCAACAAAACUCACCUUUGUGAUAUCGUUGACUUUAUCGUUGCAAAUGCAUCUGCAGGUUAUCCAUACAUCUCUGUGCCAUGUCUGUCAUCGCCGGUAAAAUGUGCAGACACUCCGGCACAUUCAAUGAGGGUCUGGCGGCAGAUUUCUUGCCACUUUCGCAUCUUCGGGCCAGUGGUGCAACUUGAAUCCCUCCCUGUUAGUGUUGUUACACCCUCCGACAACACACCGACGAGGCAUGAUGUCUCCAAAGUUCCAAAAAAUAGUCGAAAAAACUGAAAAUACCAGGGCUGAGACCCGGUGUUUGCAAUGUGUUGAAAAUGUAAAUGGCGGCUGUGUUACCUCGGUGACGUCACACUCUGACGUCAUCGCCACAGAGCAAUAAACAGAAAGGCGUUUAAUUUGCCAAAAUUCACCCAUUUAGAGUUCGGAAAUCGGUUAAAAAAAUAUAUGGUCUUUUUUCUGCACCAUCAAAGUAUAUUUUGACGCUUACAUAGGUCUGGUGAUAAUGUUCCCCUUUAAGAGAAAAUGAUUGCAGCUAUUUGGGAUACAACACUUCUCAUGUGGCAAGAGAACUUUCCAAUAUCCAGGUCAGCCGUGAUUAUACUUACCGAAAAAGUCAAUUUGUCAAAGGAGAGACAACGAGAAUGCGGGCUCCUGUGGAUGUGAUAAAAAAAAAAGGUAGCGCGUGCUUUGUAUUACCUGGCCGUCGAUGGAAGACUACAGAUAACACGAUUGCUUUUGGACUGGGAAAGCAGACUGUAUCAGUUAUUGUCUGCCAUGUAUGUCGCGGACUCAACGUCUAGGUCUAGAACAGGGGUAGGGAACCUAUGGCUCUAGAGCCAGAUGUGGCUCUUUUGAUGACUGCAUCUGGCUCUCUGAUAAAUCUGAGCUGACGUUGCUUAACACGAUAAGUAAUGAAUGAUUCCACUUGUAAAAAAUAAUGUUACAAAUACAAAACAUUCUCAUGCAUUUUUAAUCCAUCCAUCCGUUUUCUACCGCACCUGUUCAAGAAGUUGCGUUAAUGGUAAGAAGUUAUUUAUUUAUUAUUGGUUAGUGUGGGGCUUGGUGGGGGUUCUUCAGACCACCAAGCACCGACAUGAGAGCCUGUUUCAGGGUUAAAAUAUUGUUUUAUUUUUCAAUAAGUCUCUCAGUGACUUUCCAGCAACUGUAUUUCCAGCCCCAACCCCGUCUCUCCUCCUGGCUGCUGCUUAUAACAGAGCGACAGGUGAUUAGAUAACAAGGCCCAUGUGGGCCUUCUACACACCUGUCGCUGCAGGCCCGCAGGCCACACCCCCUCCACAGUUAGCUUCAGAAUAACAAUGUUAGUACAAAGAAUAAGAGACCUUUUAUACUCUAGAAAUGUUGGUCUUACUUAAAAAUGCACACAUUUAGUUGUGUUCAGUGUUAAAAAAAAAUAUUAUAUGGCUCUUACUGAAAUAUAUUUUAAAAUAUUUGGCUUUUUGGCUCUCUCAGCCAAAAAGGUUCCCGACCCCUGGUCUAGAGUAUAUAAAGUCACCAAAAUGGUGAAGGCAAAAGAGUGUAGGAGUGUCCUGACCAAAUAUCUAGAUCCCUAGAUUGAUUUAUGUAAAAUGUUUUUUUUAUCACAUUGUUUACGUGCCUAAUAAAGAUUUAAUUUAUGAUUGCUCAGCUGUGAUUCACUACAACAGGGCCCCACAGCACACUGGAUUCCAGUUAAUUGAAAUAGCAAAACACUGGAUAUUGUUCAGAUAAGUUACAUUUAAGAACUUGCACACAAAGCAACACUAGAGGUGACUAUGACGUGCUCAUUUUUCGCGGUUGCGUACUAAGUCGCGUUACGCUGGCGGAGGGAGGGGUGGUCAGGGGGUUUUAAACCAGUGGUCCCCAACCUUUUUGUAUCCGCGGACCGGUCAACGCUUGAUAAUUUGUCCCGCGUGGUCCUUUAUUUAUUUAUUUUUUUUUUUCUUUGUCAUGAAAAAGGGAGGUUUUUGUGGUUGGUGCACUAAUUGUAAGUGUAUAUUGUGUUUUUUAUGUUGAUUUAAUAUAUAUAUAUUUUUUUUAUAAAAAAUUAUUCUGCGGCCCGGUACCAAUCGGGCCACGCCAUGGCCCUGUGACUGGGGACCACUGUUUUAAACGACCAUUGUGUGUAGACAAGGAUAAGGUUAAGUAGGAUUUACUCUGGAUAACCUUAUUCGACUUAAUGUAGACGUGGUCUAAGUCUUUACCACACAAAGGAAACGGCAUCAAAGGUCAGCUUUCAGCUGACGACGGUGCUAGACAUGUAUUGUUGUGACUUUUUUUAACAUUGGACAGUGAAAUAAGAGCGGGUCUCACAGUGGAAGUUGUUUUUUUUCCCAAUAAUUAACCAACAGUCAAAAACAAACGGGUGAACCUUAAUACUUAAAGGUCUACUGAAACCCACUACUAGCGACCACGCAGUCUGAUAGUUUAUAUAUCAAUGAUGAAAUAUUAACAAUACGGCCGGUUGAGUUUACUAAAUUACAAUUUUUUAAUUUCCCGUGGAGUUUCUUGUUGAAAACGUCGUGGAAUGAUGACACGUGCGUGUGACGUCAUGGACUGUCAGGAAAUAUUAGCCCAGCACCACUAGCGGCUAAAAGUCGUCUCUUCUCAUCGUGCAAUUAAACAGUAUUUUGGACGUCUGUGUUGCUGAAUCUUUUGCAGUUUGUUCAAUUAAUAAUGGAGAAGUCAAAGUAGAAAGAUGGAUUUGGGAAGCUUUAGCCUUUAGCCACACAAACACACGGUGAUUCCUUGUUUAAAAUUCCCGGAGGUGAAGCUU